CGGCCAAUGCGAAAUUGGCUGGUGCUGCUGUGUCCGUGCGCGGUCGGGGUCGCGCUGCACCUCUGGCUGCUGCUCGGCGGCCCCGGGAGGCUCCCGGCAGGUCCACUGGCUUUCUUUCCUCAGUGGGAACUGAAACAUUACGAUGUUAUUGUCGGUGUAUUAUCAGCUCGACACAAUCAUGAGCUGCGCAAUGUUAUAAGGAACACUUGGUUCAAGCACUUGAAACAACAUCCAGUGCUGAGCCCUCGUGUCCUUGUGAAGUUUAUAAUAGGUGCACAUGGCUGUGAUGUGCCGGUGAAGGACAGAGAAGAUCCUUACUCCUGCAAACUUCUGAACAUUACUAACCCAGUUUUGAAUCAAGAAAUCGAAGCAUUCAGUCUCCCUGAAGAUACGCCUUCAGUGCUUUCUGAAGACCACAUUGUCAGUGUGAACUUCCGAGUCCUUUACCCCAUUGUCAUUACCAGUCUUGGGGUAUUCUAUGAUGAUGAUGGUGUGGGAUUCCAGAGGAAUAUCACUGUAAAACUGUACCAGACAGAACAGGAGGAAGCUCUCUUCAGUGCUCGCUUUAGCCCACCUAGCUGUGGAGUGCAAGUUAACAGAUUGUGGUACAAACCUGUAGAACAGUUCAUUUUGCCAGAGAGUUUUGAAGGCACUAUUGUGUGGGAAAGCCAGGACCUUCAAGGCCUUGUUUCUAGGAAUCUUCACAAAGUGAUGGUUAAUGAUGGAGGAGGAGUUCUCAGAGUCUCUACGACAGGGGAAGGUUCAUGGCCACAUGAAUUCACGGAUGGUGUGGAAGGAAUAGCAGGAGGCUUUAUUUACACUAUUCAAGAAGGUGAUGCUCUUUUAGAAAGCCUUCAUACUCGCCCUGAGAGGUUUGAAAACCACUUAAAAAACCUUGAAGAGGAGGAUGCAUUAUUGAAGGAAGAAAGCAGCGCCUAUGAUGAUAUUGUUUUUGUAGACAUUGUUGACACCUACAGAAAUGUUCCAGCCAAAUUACUGAACUUCUACCGAUGGACAGUAGAAUCAGCUAACUUUGAUUUGUUGCUGAAGACAGAUGAUGACUGUUACAUAAAUUUGGAAGCUGUGUUCAACAGGAUAAUGCACGAAAAACUCGACAGGCCAAAUAUCUGGUGGGGCAAUUUCAGACUAAAUUGGGCAGUUGAUCGGACGGGGAAGUGGCAAGAACUGGAGUAUCCCAGUCCAGCGUACCCCGCCUUUGCCUGUGGGUCUGGUUAUGUUAUCUCCAAAGACAUUGUUCAGUGGUUGGCAAGCAACUCUGAAAGACUCAAGACAUACCAGGGUGAAGAUGUGAGUAUGGGCAUUUGGAUGGCAGCUAUAGGGCCCAAGCGGUAUCAGGACAGCCUCUGGUUGUGUGAGAAGACAUGUGAAACUGGAAUGCUGUCUUCCCCUCAGUAUUCCCCACAGGAACUAACAGAGCUCUGGAAAGUAAAGGAAUUAUGUGGAGAUCCUUGUAGAUGUGAGGAAAGAUGAUAAAGACUUGGAGAUACACAAUCAGGACUACUAAGGCGGUGGUUAGUGGAAAUUUCACCUAUGUAAAUA